GACGCGGAGCCAGAGCUGGAGCCGGAGCCAUGAACAUCUGGAAUGUGCGGCCCGAGGACCUGACGAACAUGCAGCACUGCAACCUGCUCUGCCUGCCCGAGAACUACCAGAUGAAAUAUUACUUCUACCACUGGCUGUCCUGGCCGCAGCUCUCCUACAUCGCCAAGGACGAGAACGGCAAGAUCGUGGGCUACGUGCUAGCCAAGAUGGAAGAGGACCCCGAUGACCUGCCCCACGGACACGUCACCUCCCUGGCCGUGAAACGUUCCCACCGGCGCCUGGGGCUGGCACAGAAGCUGAUGGACCAGGUGUCCCGCGCCAUGAUCGAGAACUUCAAUGCCAAGUACGUCUCCCUGCACGUCUGCAAGAGUAACCAGGCGGCUCUUCACCUGUACUCCAACACCCUCAACUUUCAGAUCACCGAGGUGGAACCCAAAUACUACGCGGAUGGGGAGGAUGCCUACGCCAUGAAAUGGGACCUGACCCAGAUGGCAGACGAGCUGAGGCGGCUGCUGGAGCUGAAGGAGCGGACCUGGCAGCCGGCGCUGGAGCACAAGGCCAAUCAUGGAGGGGACUGCUGCCCGGGGGUGGCAGGGGGCCCACGGGCCCCCGAGGACAGUGGGGGGGACAGCAAGGACGUGAGCGAGGCCACGGAGAGCACCGACGUGAAGGACAGUUCCGAGGCCUCCGACUCGGCCUCCUAGGGCCCCCCCACCCUGGGGCACCAGCACAGCCAGCCCAAUAAAGGUCACCGCUGAAAA